AUGCCUGGAACACGCAGCGGCGAGUACGCACAUCUGGCGGCCCGCCCGGACGGCUCCGUGAGCGCGGCGAGGGUGGCCCGCUUUCAUACCCUUUGCGCCCCUCUAAUAACCAGUCCCGCGACCCCUGCGCGGGUCACCGAUCCGCGCGCCCAGCCUCCGGCUGCGAAAGAACUCUGGCCGAACUUCUCCCAGCCGAAGCUGCUCCUCAGCGCUUCGGAAAGUUUCUCGCAAAGAACUUUCUCUUUUGACUUGGGGCGCGAAAGGGUCCCGGUGACCGAGAGGACGGACCACGGCUCCUCCGCCGGCUUCGGAGCCCUGCUCCUCUCCGCCCUGGGCGCCUGCUUACCUCUCCCGGAGCGGGCGUGGGGAGCUGGGUGCGCGGGGGUGGCCGAGGCUCUCCGGCUAGCUAUCCCGCUCAUCCUUCGCUUCGUGCCGGGCACCGCCGUUCCCGGGGCCAGCCUUCCCGGGCCCAGCGGAGAGGCCCACCGAGGCCGGGUGCCGGCGGGAGGGCUGCCCCAGGAGCCGGACCGAAUGAAUGGGAAAGGGACGGGCGAGCGGGGGUCGCGGCCGCGGCCGCGGCCGCUGGGGGUCGCCCUGCGCACCCUGGAGCGCUGCGCCGCGGGACCGCGCGGGAGCCUGGAGCGAAAGUUAGUUGGGAUAAGUUUCGAGGUGGCAAGCACUCGUGUUGCUGUCCUGGGGCGGACGGCGUAGAGGGCUCCCGGCACAGGCUGGUGUCCAACCCCUGGGCGGGAGACUUCUUGUCCCAAGGCUCUCACACGGUUUUCUCGCGUACCUGUGACUCUUCCUCCGGCGGGGUCCGCGGGUUUCUCUGCCGUUCGUCUACGGAGACCCACCUUGGAGGAAGCAAGGGUGCGAGACCGGUGCAGAUAAUUGAGAGAAUGCCUUUGUGGUCUAGUGGCCGGGACCCUGAGAGCUUAUACUGAGCUUCGUGUCUUCGAGCCUCAGUUUCCCCAAGUGAGAGAACUAGGGCGCACAGGGCCCGUGCUGGCUGCCUCUGCCUGUUUGGAAGCACCAAGUGGUAGUUGGACCCGAUAACCAUUAAGGUCCUCUCUGAAAGAAGUUUUUCAGGUUCCAGGGCGAUGUAACUGAAAGAAAGGGAGCCGGUGAGGAGACGUGAAUGACUUGAGUGAGGGGGUCUCUGUCUAAUGUCACUGACCAGCUUCGGAGGCAAUGAAGGGGAGGGGACUUAUGGGGCAUGUCUUCCCUUCCUAACGUUCUUUCCAUUGCAUGGUUCUCCUGUGCUCCCCCACACCCCAUUUUCAUUUCAUCUACUUACUUUCUUUCCUCCUUACCAUUUUCUUUUCCCUAAUUUUAUUACCGAGAUCACAUAUACAUCCUUACAAAUAGAGGUGUUGCUAAACCCUUGAUGGAGCCAGGGGGGAGGAAAUGCGGGGUAGAACAUUCGGGUGGUCUCCCCCCAAUGCACCUAGUUCAGUGUGGGUGACAGUCCCACCUGCUGGGGGGGAGCUCCCCAUCUUUAAAUGAAGGAGAAAUUGUUAUUACUGCCCUUCUUGUUUUGUAUUUAGUAUUUGGUAUAGAAUAAUUCUACAACAUAUAAACUCUUGCUUUGAAGAUAUCCUGGACAAAGACGAGGGUGGCAGAGGGGUUUGUGGUUGUUAUCAUCUGGAUGGUUUCAGAGACGUGAUGGGUAACAUUCCAGGCUGGCAGUGUGGAUAGGAUACAGCACCCAGCACCUGUGGCAGCUGUUGGAACCUUCCUAUCCUUUCUGUCUUAACCCCCUCACCCCCCAUCUCCCUCUUGGCCCUUUCUCUCCAUUGUUCUCUUUCUUCUGUACGCCCUCCCUGUCUCAGUCCUGUCAAAGCCUCCUCUGUGGUGGAUACCAGGUUACUAAGACUGCUAACCCCUCAUCUCCCUGGCCAGUGGCUCUAUUCUUCCUGUGCCUUAUUGGUUCGUCCUAUCAGUGUUGGAUCUUUGUUGAUGAUGAAGCAAAAUGAGCAGUGGGUGAGUGGUCGACAGCUUGGCUAGGGCUGGGCCACUGACCCGCUUUAUGGCCUCGGGCAAGUCACUACCUUCCUAGAUCUCAUGUUAAUUGCAAAAUGAAGAUCUGACCUACGUGCCUCUAAUAUCGGGCGUUCUAUCCCUUUAUGUAGAGCCCAUGAUUUCUUCUCUUUUCAUUUGGCUGGGCACAGAACAGCGUCAAUGGUUCCAAGUGUUACCCAGCCUAGGAAGGAGGAAGUACAUAGUCAGGACACCAGAGAAACUAGAAAUGGUUUCAUGUGUGAGAACUGAUUAUUUCUCAGCUACGUAAGAGCAGUGGAAACAAGCUUUUGCCAGCAAAUAUAUAGUGGGGUAGAAUUGACCUGGUGUGUUGGGAGCCCAGGGUCAACCAAAGUGCAAAAGAAGCUGUGAAUGACCCGAAUUUCAUUAGGGUUCCAGUUGAUUCCUGAUUAAUGGGGCUAACUUGCAUUGACAACAACAUUCUGAGUUCCCCCUGAAAUGGGGAAAGUGGAAUCACAGUAAUAAUGGGUAUCCAGCCCGUGUAUAAAUCCACCUUUGUGACUCUUGUAUGAUCUUGACCACCCUGUGAGGGAAUGGGGGCGGGCAAUAUUGGUCUCAUUUUACAGAUAGACUGAGGCCCAGAAAGCGUGAGAAGGUUGUCAAUGGGGGCUCAGCUUGUGAGUGGUAGUGAUGAGCCUGUUUCUGAAGCCCCAGCAUUACACCAACGGUUUUUAGAUAGGCCUGGAAAAAGACCAAUAUAGGAAGUUAGUGAAAGACCAGUAUCGGCUUCGUAUACUGUGAGAUGUUUUACGAGCAGCACUUAGGUGAAGAGAUGAAAAUUAAAAGUGAAAAUUCAACUUAGUUGUAGCUACUAGGAAAUAAAAUCUGGGAGUUGAAUUUCCAGUUAAAGAAAUACACGAGUGAAGUUUCACUUUCUUGAAAAUGAUGAAACUGCCAAAGAUAUGACAUGGUUUCUGAUUGGAGAUGAUGAAGCAAAAGCAAAAUGCAGGUUCUUUGUAGCAAGUCUGGACAAUUUUAAGAUCAGUGUAGAAAGCCAACUCAGAAAAUCCCCAAACAGAUUUUUUUUAUUCAACAAGGGGGAAUGUUGGCGGGUCUCAACUUUCAGAAAAGUUGUCUGAAGAUUUAACUUCAUUUUCCUUGUAGGGACACAGCCUGAGUCUGGGCUGAAUCAGACCUUAAGAGAAUGAGUCAAGAAGUAACUAGAAAGUUAUCUCAAGAAAUUAAGCUGUAGCAGAAUGCAGAGAAAACUCCAAAUCUCUACAGAUGCAACUGCUUUCCUUUGUGAAAGGCUUUUUAGCAUUUUUACAACCCAUUUCCAUCCCCAAGUAAGCCCACCCAAUGCUUGUCAUAAAAACAUUCCAUACCACUGACAUUGGAACAGCUGACUUUAAAGUAAGAAGGAAUAAAACCAGUCCCAGGGCGCCUGGGUGGCUCAGUCGUUAAGCGUCUGCCUUCAGC